AUGACUUCAACGCGAUCGAAAAAGAGAGAGAGAUCUCCUUUUAUUCUUACGUUUUCUCAUCUAGUUAACAUUCCUGCUAAUGCUAAAUGGACACAGAAUGGUGUGACUAUUGCUGGAGGUCACGGACAAGGGGGUGCCACUAAUCAACUCAACUGGCCUCAUGGUCUCUUCGUUGAUGAUGAUCAAACAGUGGUUAUCGCUGACUACAAUAAUCAUCGUAUCAUGCAAUGGAAGAAUGGUGAUACAACGAAUGGACAAGUUGUUGCUGGUGGUAAUGGUGACGGAAAUGGAUUACAUCAAUUUGAUCGUCCCACUGAUGUCUUAAUUGACAAAGAGACGGAUAGUCUCAUUAUUUGUGAUUUUGGGAAUCAACGAGUUGUACGGUGGUCUCGUCGUAGUGGUACCACACAAGGUGAAAUACUCAUCGAUAACAUCGGUUGUGUGGGAUUAGCAUUGGAUGAGCAGAGAUAUCUCUACGUCUCUAACUACGCAAAACAUGAAGUAAGGCGAUAUAAAUUCGGUGAGAAGAAUGGCAAUCUCGUAGCUGGUGGAAAAGGUAAAGGUGGUGGACUCAAUCAACUCAACGACCCGGCAUAUCUCUUUGUCGAUCGACAACAGAAUGUUUACGUAUCAGACGAACAUAAUGAUCGUGUAAUGAAAUGGAAUAAAGGUGCAAAAGAAGGUAUUGCGGUCGCUGGACGACAAGGUCAAAGAAAUGCUCUGACACGAUUGUCUUAUCCUAAUGGACUCUUCGUUGAUACGUUGGAUAGACUCUAUGUAGCAGACAUGGCGAAUAAUCGUGUAAUGCGUUGGACUCAAGGAGACAAGAAACAAGGCACUGUAAUUGUGGGUGGAAAUGGUGAAGGAGCAGGAGCAAAUCAGUUCUUCUACCCCAAAGGUUUGUCUUUCGAUCGCCAUGGUAAUCUCUAUGUCGCCGAUUUGAAUAAUCAUCGUGUUCAGCGAUUUUCUAUCGAAUAA